GGUUAGCUUUCUUCUCGACAGUGUUUGUCAAGUAGCGUCAGUUCUUAUUUAGUUACCAACUGGUCUUUGGGUCUUUUUUGUGGUUUUUAAAUACUCUGCCUAAAUCAGCAUUUCAACUAUCAAUUUAUAUCUGAUUGCCUUCUAUUAUCGGAAUUAAACAAUCGUCAUCGUGAACUUCGAAAUUCGUACGUAUACAACAACAUCGUAAGUGUCCCCCAAAAUGGCCGGAAAAGCGAAAAAAGCAACUUUCGAGGAUUUAUCGAACGUAGAGUUCGAAACCAGCGAGGAUGUGGAAGUUAUCGAGAAGUUCUCCGGUAUGAACCUCAAAGAGGAACUAACCAGGGGAAUCUAUGCUUAUGGAUUUGAGAAACCCUCUGCAAUCCAGCAAAGGGCCAUCAAACCGAUCAUGAAAGGCCGAGAUGUGAUUGCCCAAGCACAGUCCGGUACAGGAAAAACCGCCACAUUUUCAAUUUCGAUUUUACAAAGUCUCGACUUGACCCUCAGAGAGACUCAAGUGCUUUGCCUCUCGCCGACAAGAGAAUUGGCAGUGCAAAUCCAAAAGGUCAUUCUGGCCCUGGGUGAUUUCAUGAAUGUCCAAUGUCACGCUUGUAUCGGAGGCACCAAUUUGGGAGAGGAUAUCAGGAAGUUGGAUUAUGGACAGCAUGUGGUCAGUGGGACACCAGGAAGGGUUUAUGAUAUGAUACGUCGUCGAGCCCUCCGUACACGAGCAGUCAAAAUGUUAGUCCUUGACGAGGCCGACGAAAUGUUAAACAAAGGAUUCAAAGAGCAAAUCUACGACGUCUACAGAUUCCUUCCGCCUUCUACACAAGUCGUCUUAAUAUCAGCCACACUGCCACAUGAAAUCCUUGAAAUCACUUCGAAAUUCAUGACAGAUCCCAUUCGUAUCUUGGUAAAACGUGAUGAAUUGACUCUGGAAGGCAUCAAACAGUUCUUUGUCGCCGUCGAAAGGGAGGAAUGGAAGUUUGAUACUCUGUGCGACUUGUAUGAUACCCUGACCAUCACGCAAGCAGUCAUUUUCUGUAAUACCAAGAGGAAGGUCGACUGGUUAACUGAGAAAAUGAGGGAGAGCAACUUUACCGUGAGCGCUAUGCACGGAGACAUGCCUCAGAAGGAGAGAGACAACAUUAUGAAGGAGUUUAGGAGCGGACAGAGUAGGGUGCUGAUUACCACCGAUGUCUGGGCUAGAGGUAUCGAUGUCCAGCAAGUCAGUUUGGUGAUAAACUACGAUUUGCCCAACAAUCGUGAAUUGUACAUCCACAGGAUCGGUAGGUCGGGACGUUUCGGACGUAAGGGUGUCGCCAUCAAUUUCGUGAAAUCGGACGAUAUCAGGAUCUUGAGGGAUAUCGAACAGUACUAUUCGACGCAAAUCGACGAGAUGCCCAUGAACGUAGCCGAUCUUAUUUAAUUUUUCUGACUUUGUAAAUUUAGUUAUAAGAGAGUUGUUUAUUAUUUAGGUUACAUAUUUAUCAUUACUGAUAUUUGUAAUGUAAACUGUAUGAAAUAAUACAAUAUUUAUUAAGACAAGAGAUAUAAACGAUUUGUAAUAAAUUGCUUUAAUUUUU